UAUUGUCAAUUGGGCUGACUGGCCCAGAGGCUAGAUGGCGGGCCAUUGAAAUUAGGCCUUUCGGUUCCUGGCUCAACAUCAACGAGUCUACUGUCUACAGACUCUACACCUUGCGCAACUAUAAGCCGUUACGGCCUUACUGCCUUACUUCCUCCCAUGCUGAUCAUUCCCUCCAGAUCCAGUCACGCUCUCUCUGUGCAGUAGUUUCCCGCCAAUAAUGAGAAUCGCCGAGAUAUCGUCGCAGGAUACCCGGCCACCUGAGAACCACUCACAAUCCCCCCAUCAUUGCCCCAAUCACCUCCUCACACAAAUUGAGUCUCUAAUCAAACAAACUGAGAACCGAUCGACUGACCAAACGCUACCGGACACCCUACCCAAUGAUCUCCGACAAACCCUAGCUCAGUUGAGUCAACUCGCUCCCUUCCCCAGCGAUAGUAACUCCAUGAAACUUCAAAUCUGGAAGCUCAGCUACCGCCUCUGGAAUGUCUGUGUCGAUCUCUUCAAUGCCACGACCAUUCGCGCUUCCUCUUCCGCCCCUUCUGCCACCGAACUCCACGCCAAGCUCCGUCACGUUUCUGCCGACAUGCUCUCCCUGGCAGUUGACGUCGUCGGAGUUCCUUCUCCGGUCAUCAAGUGCGCCUCCUUUUACCAGAAAACCGGCCUCAUAUGGCACAAUCUACGAAAAUUCGACUUUGCUUCCACUUGUUACGAAAGAGCCACAGAGCUUCUAUCAAAACUCGAUACCGGAAAAUUUUCUGAUUCCAGAGAGAGGAAACUCUUGUUGGAUCUUAAUAUCGCGAGAGCUCGUACUGCCUGGGAAGUAUCGGACAGAAACCUUGCGAUAACAUUGCUGAAUCGAACGAAAAGUUUAUUGUUCGGUUUGUCGGACCACUACAAAACCCUGGCAAAGCAAUACCUAACCUUCGGCAAAAGCUUGCUCUCGAGUAGCGAUAACAAUAGUUUCAACGAGGCCUUGAAGCUCAUGAACGAGGCAUUGGAUCUGUGCGAAAAGGGAUUUGGUACGACUAGAAAACAGGAAGAGACAGCAGAACUCAAAGAAUUACGAUCGAAGGCGCUCAGGUUUAUCUCGGCGGUCCAUUUGCAAAAGGGAAAGUACGAGAGCGUGAUUAAGUGCGUAAGAGUUUUGAGACAGGGUAGUGGCUUUAGUGGCAGUGAUGCCGGCGAUCUUCAUGCUUCCCUGCCAGUGUUGGCAAUGAAGGCUUGGUUGGGAUUGGGAAAGUACGGGGAGGCAGAAAAGGAGCUGAGGGGCAUGGCAAUAAAUAGAGGCAUUCCAGAGGGUGUUUGGGUGUCAGCAGUUGAGGCUUACUUCCAGGCAGCUGGAACUGCGGGGGCUGAAACCACGAAGGGCGUGUUUUUGGGGCUGUUGGAGCGUUGCAAUGUCAGUGCCAGCUCAGCAGUUAGGAUCACCCACAGACUAAUUGGGGAUGAUGGUGGCAACGACAUGUCCAGAGUUAGAGCCAAGGUCGUAGCGGAGUUGGUGACGGAUGAGAGGGUUAUAGCACUUUUUGCCAGUGAGGCAGCAGUGAAGGAGAGGACGGCAAUGCAUGCUGUUUUGUGGAACUAUGCUUCAAAUCAUUUUCGACUGAAAGAUUAUGAGACGAGUGCCGAGAUGUUUGAGAAAGCAAUGCUUUACAUUCCACAGAAUGUAGAAAAUAGGAUUCUCCGAGCGAAAGGUUUCAGAGUUCUGUGUCUCUGCUACCUUGGCCUCUCUCAGCUUGAUCGAGCUCAGGAGUACAUCAAUCAGGCUGAAAAGCUUGAACCCAGUGCAGCCUCUGCUUUCCUUAAGUUCAAGAUUUAUCUGCAGAAAGGGGACCACAAUGCCGCCAUUUGUCAGAUCCAAUCAAUGGCAACCUGCCUUGAUUUUAGCCCAGACUUUUUGUCCCUGUCAGCUCAUGAGGCAAUUGCUUGCUGUGCCUUUCCUGUUGCUAUCGCCUCUUUAUCCAAUUUAUUGAACUUUUACACCUCGGGAAAACCUAUGCCAAUGACAGAAGUUGUAGUACUGCGCACCUUAGUCACAAUUCUUACACACGAACGAGGCAAUGAGCUGGAAGUCCUCAAAUUCCUGAAGCGAGUUCAUGCACGGGCAUCUCAAGUUGGGCACGACUGCUUUUAUGGCAAUGGGGAGGUUGGAAAAAGAGAACAAAAUUGGUUUAUAGUAACUUCCUGGAACUUUGGGACAAAAUGUGGGAAGGAGAAGCAAUACGAAUUAUGUGCCAAAUUUUUAAGAUUGGUGUCCGAAUUUUGUGGUGUUCUUGGUGAUGGAGAAACAGAGGAAAACAGCAUUAUGGUUUGCAAAUCGCUGAUUCUGACUGUAGCUGCCAUGAUAGCUUCAGAAAAUCAAAAGAACGUGGUAUUGAUGGACACUGAAGUGAAACAAGCUGUUGAGCUGCUAGAUAGAGCUGCAAAGAUGCUAUCUUCAAUCUCGAAUGGGACUUGGCUGAGUGAUGAUAAAACUACUACCAUUGGGCCAAAUCUCUUAUUCAUGUACACCUUCAGUGCCUACAACAUAUACAGUAGGCUCAGUGAUUCAGGAUCCCAACAACUGCUCCUUGUGAAAAGUUUUGCCAGUUCUACUGCUUGCAACCCCAAGGAUCUUCUUCAAAUUGGCCUUGCUGCCUCACAAGGUGAACGGCCCAACCCUGAAGUUGCUGCCUUUGCUUUAAACCAAUGCCUCUCAGCCAUCCUUUCUUCUGCCUCACCAGACUACCAAGAUGUGGCCCUUAUUGUCCGAAGGCUGGUCACAAUAGCCAGCAUUCACAAGGGUGAUUCAGAUGAAGAUUCUGUUUAUAACAUGUACAAGCAAGCGUAUCGGAUAAUGGUUGGGUUGAAGGAAGGCGAGUAUCCCUCUGAGGAGGGAAAAUGGCUUGCAAUGACUGCAUGGAAUCGGGCAGCCCUGCCUGUGAAGUUGGGGCAAAUGGAUGCAGCAAAGAAGUGGAUGAAUGUUGGAUUGGAACUGGCUAGGCAGGUUUCUGGGAUGGAUACUUACAGGUCAUGCAUGGAGGAUUUCGUUGCUGCUUUUGAAAAGAAAUCCCUUGUCCACAGUGAGGGUGGACCAGGCUCCAGCUUGUAGAAAUAUUGAUCUUGUACAGAUUAACACGCAGGACACGGUAUGAAACAUUGUUGUAAACACCCAUACAACUACCUAUUUUUGCUUACUGGACAAUGCUAUGGUAUAUACUAUGCAAGUAUUGUAGAGAGAGAACUUGUCCUUGAAUUUUAAAAAAUGGGUU